AUGCCAAUGCAACCAGACGAUCUCUUACUCUCCCUUCAAAGCUCGCUCCGCAACGCACUAGCAACAUUCGGGCCAAGCAGCACUCAGUACCGCAACAUCAAGCUUAUAGUAGACGAGUACGCGGCGAAUCUUGCGAUGCAGGGGUUGUCGAUAGGUUCGAGUGAGACAUGUCAGGGCGAAGAGGUUAUGCAGACGAAUUGA